AACAAAAAAGAGAAAAGGAAAAAAAUGGAUAGCCCAAGUCCUCAUUUUUGGCAUUGGAAAGCCCUUGAUCGCAGGAGGCGACGAGGUAAUCGGCGGCGCAUUGGUGACUCGCUAACGCGACUAGAUCGGGAAGGAGAAAGCUCCGCGUGUUUGUUUGAGUGGAGAGGAACGCCGGCGGAGGCUCCGAUUGAAAUCAGCGUCACCGACAGCGGCCUUGACCGGAAAGAGUUAGUGCGGCCGUGGAAGCUGGUGUUGGUGUGGGUAUGCCGCACGCUGAAGUGGAUGAAUGAGAAACCCUAGGUAGGUACAAAGAAGAGAAAACUGGUGGCGUCUCUGACCGGCGGUACCUCCGAUUUCGGGCGGUGGCUCCGGCGAUUGUGGCUGCUGCUUACUUGUUUCGCAUUAGGCUGAAGAAUGGGAGAAUGAGAGAUUGUGGCGCGUGCUUGAAUGUGUUUAAGAUAUCAACUGAAAGUUCACAGUUAUGCAAAUAGCCAGUGCAUUAGCGAAAGGCAACCCUCUUUUUUCCACCUUAUCUAGAUUUCUGUGUGUGCGUCAUCAUUCAUCAACCAACUUGUUUGUCGCAGGACUUUCCUGGGAUACCAAUGAACCGAUUCUGAAAGAUGCCUUUGAGAAACAUGGUGAAAUAAUUGAAGUUAGAGUAAUAUGUGAUCAUGUGACUGCGAAAUCAAGAGGUUAUGGAUUUGUGCGGUUUGUUUCUGAAACUGCAGCUGCUACAGCUCGCAAAGAAAUGAAUGACCAGAUACUGGAUGGCAGACGCAUUCGGGUUGCUUAUGCACACAAAGGCUAGGGACUAAGUCUGUCAAACAAUUCAUGGUUACAGCAUAUUAACUUUCUCACUUUUAUACUUUAAGUCUAUUAUUCUUAGACCUUUUAAGUUUAGUCAUUCAAUGUAGGUUUAUCAUUUAAGGACGUUUUAGAUUGUCUCAUUUUGUUUUCAUGAUUUGAAUGGAUGUUCUGGUCUGGUGGUCC